AUGGCGGCGGCGGGAGACGGCGGCGGCGAAGGGGGCGCGGCGGCGCCGGGGCCGGGGCCGCGCGGGCCGAGCCCCUUCUCCGAAGCGCGCGACGACGCCCGGGGCCCCGUACCCGCGGCGCUGCACCCGGAGGAGGUCGCCUCGCGGCUGCAGCGGAUGCGCCGGGAGCUUAGCAACCGCAGAAAAAUCCUGGUGAAGAACCUGCCCCAGGACAGCAGCUGCCAGGAAGUUCAUGAUUUAUUACAAGACUAUGAAUUAAAAUACUGUUAUGUGGACAGAAAUAAGCGAACAGCUUUUGUUACCUUAUUGAAUGGGGAACAAGCCCAGAAUGCAAUUCAGAUGUUUCAUCAAUAUUCUUUUCGAGGAAAAGACUUAGUAGUCCAGCUCCAGCCAACUGAUGCUUUGCUGUGUAUCACCAACUUGCCCACUUCUUUUACAUUAGAAGAGUUUGAAGAACUUGUUCGUGCUUAUGGGAAUGUCGAGAGAUGUUUUCUUGUCUACAGUGAAGUUACUGGCCAUUCCAAAGGCUACGGAUUUGUAGAAUACAUGAAAAAGGACUUUGCUGCAAAGGCUCGAUUGGAGCUAUUGGGUAAACAGUUGGGAGCAUCAGCUGUCUUUGCACAGUGGAUGGAUGUUAAUCUAUUGGCCCCAGAGCUCAUUCAUUCUAAGUGCCUUUGUAUAGAUAAACUCCCUAGUGACUAUAGGGAUUCAGAGGAGCUGUUGCAGUUUUUUUCCCGUAUCCAUAAACCUGUGUUUUGCCAGCUCGCACAGGAUGAAGGUAAUUAUGUUGGUGGCUUUGCAGUGGUUGAAUAUAGCACUGCAGAGCAUGCUGAAGAGGUUCAACAAGCAGCUGAUGGUAUGACCAUCAGGGGAAGCAAAGUUCAAGUUUCCUUCUGUGCCCCGGGAGCACCAGGGCGAAGUACCUUAGCAGCAUUGAUAGCAGCUCAACGUGUGAGGCACAGUAAUCAAAAGGGCUUACUUCCAGAGCCAAAUCCAGUGCAAAUCAUGAAAAGUUUAAACAACCCUGCCAUGUUGCAAAUUCUUCUACAACCCCAGCUCUGUGGGCGGACUGUUAAACCAGCAGUUCUUGGAACACCUCACAGCUUGCCACACCUGAUGAAUCCAUCCAUCUCCCCUGCAUUUGUACAUUUGAAUAAAGCACAUCAGAGCUCACUUAUGGGUAAUACUUCUAAUUUAUUUCUUCAGAAUCUUUCUCAUGUACCACUGGCUCAGCAACAGCUAAUGAAGUUUGAGAAUAUACAUACUAAUAAUAAACCAGGCUUACUUGGAGAACCCCCAGCUAUGGUACUUCAGACUGCCGUAGGGAUAGGGUCACCACUUCCACUGAAAACAGAGCUGGGCCAUCUUGGAGAAGCACAUAAAACAGCAUCUAAUUUGAUUCCGACUCAAACAAGUGUAACAGCUGGCAUGGGCAUGUUACCAUUCCUUCCAAAUCAGCACAUUGCUGGACACGCUGGGCCAGGGCAUGGUAGCACUCAGGAGAAACAGCCAGCACUGGUGGGAACGGCAGAAGGAAAUUUCUCAGGGUCACAGACUUAUCUUCAGAGCUUUCCAAACCUUACUGCUGGCGGCUUGCUCACAGGACAUCAUAAGCAACAACAAAGUCAGCCAAAAGGCCUGGAGAUAAGUUCAGGGGCUGCCUCUAAGAAUCAGACUUCACUCUUGGGAGAGCCACCAAAAGAAAUUCGGCUCAGUAAAAAUCCAUACUUGAACUUGGCUAGUGUGUUGCCCAGUGUGUGCUUAUCAUCCCCUGCAAGUAAAACCACUGUACAGAAGACUGGAAUUGCAAGCAACAUUCUGGAUACCAUCUCUCAGGGAAAUGAAUCACAACACACAUUGGAGAAGUGCAUUGCUUAUUCUCAACCUUUUGGUGAUUAUGCACAGGUGUCAUCUUUAAGAAAUGAAAAGCGAGGCUCAUCAUAUCUCGUCUCUGCCCCAGAAGGUGGUUCAGUGGAAUUUGUUGACCAGCAUUCUCAGGGCACAGGAGCAUAUUACAUGGAAACCUACUUAAAAAAGAAGAGAGUGUACUGAGUUAAGUUCUCUCCUUAUAAACUGAUAAGGUUCUUUGCAGUAUCUCUGCUGUUCAUCGCUGCCUUAACUACAUUCAGACUAGCCAUAUCCUUUAAAUUACGGGUUUAUAACUUCCCAGAACGAACUGUGUUGUGCAGCAGGCAGAAUUGCCAAGUAAAAAAAGUAAGUAGCAAUAAGAGACAUCAAUUGAGG